CUCGUUUAAAUUUUACAAAAAUUUACUGAACAAAUCAGGUAAAACUUUAAACAGUCUGGACAAAUUACGGUAAUGAAUUAAAAUUUUUGGGUAAUGUUUCCGCUGAGUGACUCAGUCUUUGACAAAUUCUUCUAACAUAAUAACGCUGGGGCCUCUCGUCCUCUCUUUUCCAAUUCUACGCCUCCAAACAGAGAACAAAACCUGUCUUUGUCACGAAAACAAAUUAGAACAUGUGACUGAAUAUGGGCAAAUUGGAAGAGUCUUUCUUUUCUUCCCCCUUUUAUCCCACGUGUUUUUUUAUAUUCUCUUUUUAUCUUUCAAAAAUGAAUUUUCCCCUGAUUUUUUCUUCUUCUCCUCUAUAUUCUGUUUAAAACAAUAACUAUUCAACUUUCUUCUUCCUUUUCAGUUCUCUUUCUUCCAAAAGCAAAAAAAAAAUUCAAUUCUUUCUCGUUUGCUGUGAAGAUGUUCAGAUUAAUUAAUCUUCCACUUUCAAUCAUGUUUAAAAUCAUCAUCUUCUUCUUCUUCUUCUUCUCUGUUUCUGUAUCUGCUGCAGCAAUCGGGACUUCAAAAAGUUCUUAUGAUCAUCAUCAUCAGCAUCAUCAUGACUUGUCAUAUUUCGAUUCAACCACCACCACCACCAUAAUCAGGCCCUGUUGUUUUGAUAAUCCCACUUUUGCAGAGAUGAUUAAAUUCAGGAAUGAAACAAGGCAGAGGCAGAUGCAGAUGAAGCAGCAGCGAUCCGUACAGUCAAGAAUGGAUUGUACACUUUGGACUAAAGCCUGCUCUGAACAACUGUUGAAGAUGGCUAAAAGGCCGGAAAAUGUUGAGUGGAUUAAGUCAAUCAGGAGAAGAAUCCAUGAGAACCCAGAACUUGCUUUCGAAGAACACGAAACCAGUAGACUCAUUCGUGAAGAAUUGCAGAGAAUGGAGAUCAAUUUCAAGUACCCUUUUGCUAAAACUGGGAUUAGAGCCAUGAUUGGUACUGGUGGACCUCCGUUUGUUGGUCUCCGGGCAGAUAUGGAUGCUCUUCCAAUCCAGGAAAAUGUUGAAUGGAAACACAAGAGCAGGAAUGCUGGAAAGAUGCACGCCUGUGGACAUGAUGCCCAUGUUGCCAUGCUUAUGGGCGCCGCGAAGAUUCUGAAGGCACGAGAAAAUCACUUGAAGGGAACUGUGGUACUGAUUUUUCAACCUGCUGAGGAAGCUGGGAAUGGAGCAAAAAGAAUGAUACAAGCUGGGGCUAUUGAAGAUGUUGAAGCCAUAUUUGGUGUUCACGUGUCACAUCUCCACAACACGGGCACAAUUGCCUCAAGACCCGGUCCCCUUCUUGCAGGGUGUGGCUUCUUCCGAGCAACAAUCAGCCGGAAAGAGGGCCUAAUUGGCAUUCACCAACGUUCUGUUGAUCCUGUACUUGCAGCCUCAGCUGCAGUUAUCAGUUUACAAGGCAUUGUUUCCCGCGAAUCAAAUCCUCUGGAUUCCCAGGUGGUUUCAGUGACCUUCUUUAAUGCCGGAAGUGAGCUUGAUUCCACUCCAGACACUGUCAGCCUCGGUGGCACUUUCAGGGCAUUCUCUAACACAAACUUCUACCAAAUCCUCGCUAGAAUUAGAGAGGUGAUCUCGGAGCAAGCCAGAGUAUUCAGAUGCUCAGCAACAGUUGAUUUUUUCGAGAAUGAGGAUCGAAUCUACCCUCCAACAGUCAAUGAUGAACAAUCAUAUGAACACGCGAAAAAUGCCAUCGUUGAUCUCCUAGGUCCUGAAAAUUUCAAUGUGAUGGAUCCCUUGAUGGGUUCUGAAGAUUUCUCAUUCUACAGUGAAGUGAUUCCAUCUGGAUUCUUCUUCGUUGGAAUCAGGAACGAGACUUUAGGCUCCAUUGUUUCCCCGCACUCUCCCAACUUCAUCAUCGACGAAGAUGCCUUGCCAGUUGGUGCAGCAACUGAAGCUGCCAUUGCAGAGAGAUACCUUUACCAGCGCAAUACCAUGAGCAGAGUUUCCAUCUAAGUGCAUUGCCAAGCUUUUAUUAUUUAGUUUUCUACUAACCUAAAUUAGAAGGGUUUUUUUUCGUUCUUAGAAAGAUAAUCAUAUCACUAGAAAGGGAGAAUUAGGGAUCUUACUAGCUACUAUCCAUAUUUUCAUUCUUUCAAGUUCUUUAAUUCAGUUUGAAGUAUGAUAUGAUAUUAGGGCUGUCGUUAUUCAUUAUUCAUUUCAUUCAGUUGAUUUAAUAUAUGUAGAGACAUGGAGCAAAUGAUGAAAGCUGGUUUUCCAAAAGGAUUAUAUUUCAAAAACG